AGCGUGACAACCUGACAGGCGUGGCGAUGCCUCAGUACGGAGACGACCUGUUCCAGGGGAGCGAUAACGAGCUGUUUGACUCGAGCACGAAUGUGCAGCUGCCCCCCUCCUUACUGGGGCAGGAGCAGGAGGAGACAAAUGAGAUCAGCAGGAGGAGGAGACAGACAGGUGACGGCACAGAGGUUGAGAGGAAGCUAGUGGUGGCCACCCUCCUGUUUAAGGACCUAGGACAGGUCAUGCCAGAAAGUUACGACACCAGCGGCGGACUCUACCUUCCAGACAAACCCGUCAUUAACAGCCCAGUGCUGACCGUCGCUGUCUACGAUGGAAGAAAUCCUUACUAUCGACAAGGAACGAUCUGCACGGAAAAUCCCCCCUGGAACGGCACGGACAUCCCGGUGGUUCUGCUGGAUCCCGUGUUCCUGGAGUUCAAACUGCUGCAGGGGGAGAACCGCAGCAAACCGCAGUGUGUGUACUGGGACUUCAACCUACCGUGA